CUCGCCCUCAGGAUAAUAUAUGCUUCCACUGAAAACUGAUUAACCCUUCAGACAGUUACUCAUUUCAUGACUCGGAAAAGUGAAGAAGCAGCUCACAGACCACAGAGGUGGACAGGAUCAGGUCUGCGUUUGCUGACAUGUCAAACCAAGAAGGUGCUCAGAAAGCAACCCCAGCAGAGGUGGAGGAGAGAGGACACUGGGGCAGUAAGGUGGAGUUUCUUCUGGCUGUGGCAGGAAAUGUUGUUGGCUUUGGAAAUGUGUGGAGGUUUCCUUACCUCUGCUACAAAAAUGGAGGGGGUGCAUUCUUGGUGCCAUAUUUGGUAUUUGUGGUGACUUGUGGAGUUCCUUUGUUCCUGCUGGAAACAACGGUUGGUCAGUACACCCAGGAAGGUGGGAUCACCUGCUGGAGGAAACUGUGCCCACUGGCAGAAGGGAUCGGCUACGGUGGACAGCUGAUUCUUUUCUACAGCUGCAUGACCUAUAUCAUCAUUCUCUCCUGGGCUUUGCUCUAUCUCAUGUUCUCCUUCAGCUCCCAGCUUCCUUGGGCCAACUGCAACAACGACUGGAACACAGAUGACUGUGUAGACUUCUCAACAAAUAAUAACUCCUGGAUCAACAAGACCAACCCGACCUCAGCUGCCACACAGUUUUGGGAACGACGUGUACUGGCUAUUUCUGGGGGCAUUGAGGAAGUAGGCAGUAUCAGAUGGGAGGUGAUGCUGUGUCUGAUAGCAAUGUGGAUCAUUUGCUACUUUUGCAUCUGGAAAGGGGUCAAAUCCACAGGAAAGGUGGUGUAUUUCACAGCCACCUUCCCCUAUUUGAUGUUAUUAGUUCUUUUGAUCCGUGGACUCACGCUUCCUGGUGCUCUUCAGGGAAUAGAGUUUUAUCUCAUACCAGAUCUGUCAAGGCUCACAGACCCCCAGGUGUGGAUGGAGGCGGGGGCUCAGAUCUUCUUCUCCUACAGUGUUGGUGUGGGUUCUCUAACAGUUCUAGGCAGCUACAACAAACACAACAAUAACUGUUACAAAGAUUGCUUGUACCUGUGUUUGCUGAACAGUGGGACCAGUUUUGUCGCUGGGUUUGCAGUUUUCUCUGUGUUGGGAUUCAUGGCAAAUGAGCAAGGUGUACCUAUUGCAGAAGUGGCCGAAUCAGGUCCGGGUCUGGCGUUCAUUGCAUAUCCUCAGGCUGUAGCCAUGAUGCCUGCUCCCCAACUGUGGUCCAUCUGCUUCUUUGUCAUGCUCAUUCUUUUGGGUCUGGAUACAGAAUUUGUUGCCAUGGAGGUGGUGAUGACGUCUGUCAUAGACAUGUUUCCCAGAUUUAUGCGCAGGCCAGGCAAACGGGAAGGAUUUCUCCUCCUCUUCUGUUUGAUAUGCUUCUUCUCUCAGCUUGUCAUGGUCACUGAAGGAGGGAUGUAUGUGUUCCAGAUGUUUGACUACUAUGCCUGCAAUGGAGCCUGCAUCCUCUUUCUGUGUGUGUUUGAAAGUCUGGCACUGGGAUGGGUGUUUGGGGCUGAGAGGUUGUAUGGCAUCAUAAAGGACAUGACAGGGGUGAACGCCAACCCGUUCUUCAAAUUCUGCUGGCUGUACCUCACCCCCCUUGUCUCACUGGGAUCGUUUAUUUGUUCUUUAGUUGAGUACCAGCCUCUGACCUUUAAUCGCUGGUACAUUUACCCAUCCUGGGCUUAUGUGCUGGGCUGGGUACUAGCCCUCUCUUCCAUUGUGCUUGUACCAGGAUGGGCACUGUACAAACUGAGCACUGCAACUGGCACCCUCAGUCAGCGCAUCCAUCAUCUGUGCCAUCCUGUCCUUAACAACUCACUGACUGAAAAAGGAGAAACCGAGCUGCAGAGCCUUGAGGAAGAACAACUGCAGCUGUUCACAGCCAGCUGAUACAAAGCCCUUACAACAUCUGAUGACACAGAAGACAUUUCAAUCAUUCAAGCAUUCUCUUAUCAAUAUUCUGAAAUCAAUUAGAUUACUGGUAUUCACAAGGAUGCAUAAGGAGCCACAAUAAAAGUUAUACUAUUGUUACA